CAACAAGACGCACGUCCCCCGCACACACCCACACCAUUCUUCUCUCUUCUUCCUUCCUCCUCGCCGUCCCCCACACACCCCAAAAAUCUCAACAACAACAAACACCUCAUCGCCUCCCCUCCCAGCCCCAAAGUCGCCACCUUUCCAUCUCCACCACCGCGCUCCCGGAGUUCCUCGUGCUCUAACCGGCGGCGGCGGUGUCUUUGCGCCGUCCGCUGUGGGGUUUAGCAAGGAAUCUUUGAGGGGUUUAGGCGGCGGUGUUUGUGGCGGAAAGCAAAUGCGAUUGGAGUUUUAGAGGGGGAUCCUGCGAUGUAUGCCAUGGAGGAGGAGAGUUUCGUGGCGGUGAAGCGGACGGAGCACGUGCAGGUCACCUCCCGCACCGUGCCCGCGCCGUCGUCCGCGGGCAAGGUGCGGUUCGCCGGGCCCCGGACGGUGCGCGUGUUCUGCGACGACGUGGACGCCACCGACUCGUCCAGCGACGAGGACGGCGCCGUCGAGCGCCGCCGCGUCAAGCGGUACGUGCAGGAGAUCCGGCUGCAGCCGGCGCCGGUCAAGGAGGAGGCCGUGUUCCCGGCGAGCCGGGCGUCGGCCGCGUCGUCCUCGUUCGGGACCACGCCGGCCAAGCCCGCGGCCCCCGUGCGGAAGCGCAAGGCGGAGGCGGGCGGCGGCGAGCGGCGGUUCCGCGGCGUCAGGCGCCGGCCCUGGGGCAAGUACGCGGCGGAGAUCCGCGACCCCUGGAAGCGCGUGAGGGUCUGGCUCGGCACCUUCGACACCGCCGAGGAGGCCGCCCGGUGCUACGACUCCGCCGCCAUCAAGCUGCGCGGGCCCGACGCCACCGUCAACUUCCGCCGCGGCGAGGACGCCGCCGAGGAGGACGUCGUCGUCCCGCAGCCGCCCGCGCAGUCCAAGAACGGCUUCUCCUCCGCCACCUCCUACGACUCGUGCGAGGAGGAGUCGUCGCACGUCGCCGCGGCGUCGCCCACCUCCGUCCUCCGCUCCUGCCCUCCCUCCGCCCUGGCAACCGACAACAACAACACCUGCAACAGCAACAAGAAGCCGCCGUCGUCUCCCUCUGCCCCGACACCGGAGACGGACGAGUCGAGCGGCAGCCUCUUCGGCUCCUACUUCACCGGCGAGCUCCCGCCCUUCUACUCCGACUUCGACCUGCUCUCCGACUUCGCGGCGGAGCCCAUGGACUUCCUCUCCAACCUCCCCGAGGAGCCCUUCACCUUCUCCAGCGACAACAACAGCUCCUCGUCGCUAUCCGACUCCCAGCAGCAGCAGCAGCUGCUGGUUUGCCCGCCGUCCCCGUCGGCGCUGCGGCAGGCGGACGAGUUCUUCGACGAGAUCACCGACCUGUUCCAGAUCGACCCUCUCCCCGGCAUCUAGUCCGCGGAACAACAACUGUAAAACACCGGAUUAGGCGCCUAGUCCGGUCAAUUUUGUUUGCAUUCGUUCGUUUUUCUCGCUUUCCAGUAGAUAGCCAGCAUGUUAUCGUCCGUUCGUUUCGGCAGCGUAGUGUACUGCCCCGGCGGGGAAGAAGAAGAAUCCUCGCCGUCGGGGGUUUAGAGUGAUGAUGAGAGUUCUUGAGUCUGAGAAAAGGAAUGUGAGGCCGAGUAAGUUA